GCAGCAGCAACAUGAAGCCCUUCCAGCUUCUUUGCCUAGUGCUGGUGGUGGCUGCCGCUGGCAGUGCUGCCGCGGCCUCAUCUGCCGACCAGCCCGCCCCCGUGGUCGAUCAGGGGCCCUCCGAGGUCGCCAAGGAUGGAGAAGAGACCACCUCUGGCGAACGCAAGGGACGCUUCUUCGCCAACUUUUUGAGCCUCCUAGGACUGAAGCAGGAAAAGAAGGUCGUUGAUGUGCCUGUCCCCCACGUGCAGAAUGUUCACAGGCCAAUUCAUAUCAGCCCCGUCAUUGUCGUGAAGCCAGCACAGCCCAAGCCGAAGCGGAUAAUCGUGCAGCCAGUUAUAGAGACGAAGCCGACGCUCGUGCAGCCAGUGCAGCCGAAGCCUGUUUAUGUGCAGCCGGCUCCUCCGAAGCCUGUUUAUGUGCAGCCAGCCCCUUCACAGCCCGUGUACGCGCAGCCAGCCCCUUCAAAACCCGUGUACGCGCAAACAGCACAUCCGAAGCCAGUACAUCCUCAGCCAGCCACUCCUGUCAUCCACCACGGCAGCGACGGAUGCAAGACUGAUUACCAGUGUCCCAAGGGCUCCUACUGCUUCUCAUACAACUGCGUCCAGUGCAUAACUGACGAGCACUGCUCCGCUGGUGGCCGGCACAGUCGUACCUACCAGAGGCGGUGCGAGCACAACCGCUGCGUGGACAUCUGGCAGGACGACGUCGUGAAGUGCACCAAGUACUCGGCGUGUCCCGAUGGCCAGUACUGCUCCGCAGGAAAGUGCACGCCCUUCGUGCCCGAGUGGAUGCCGUGCUCGGUGGCCGAGAGCUGCCAGUCCAACAGCUGCCUGCAGGGAAAGUGCGCCGAGUGCUCCCAGUGGAAGCCGUGCGCGGCCGGACAGUUCUGCGACCACGGACACUGUAAGUCCCCGGGUAAAACGGGAGACAGCUGCUGGCUCAGCUUCCAGUGCAAGUCUCACAUCUGCUGGCAAGGCCUCUGCGCCGACUGCGCCCACCACAGCGACUGCAAGAACGCCGGUGAGUUCUGCGACAAGGGCCGGUGCAAGUCCCUCCUCAGAUACGGCUACAAAUGUUCUGAGAACAGCCAGUGCGUGUCCAGAAUCUGUGAUAGCAAAACACAGCAGUGUGUCGACUGCGUCAACUCGCUGGGCUGCCCUGACAACAGUUUCUGCAGCGCCGACCUCAAGUGUGUGCGCAAGGGGAUGUUCAGGGACGUCUGCACGUCCGACAACCAGUGCUUGUCCAACAAAUGCGGGCCCAAGAACAGAUGUGUGCAGUGCAGCCGGGUGCAAGACUGUGACAGCACCACGCACUUCUGCGACCUCGUGGACGGCGCGUGCACGCCUCUGGGUCGUGCCGGACAGAUCUGCUCCACCACCGAACAGUGUCUGCCGAGUCUGACGUGCAGUCCCGUCACCAACAAGUGCGUGCAGUGCCUGUUCAACACGGACUGUUUGAGCGGUCAGCGCUGCGACAACACCCUCGGCAUGUGCGUGGCCAAGUCUGUCCUGGGUGACUCCUGUGUGGGAGACGCCGAUUGUCAGAGCGGUGUGUGCAGCAGCGUGUCCGACACCUGCGUCCAGUGCCGCGCCGGACUGCCGGCCGGCACACUCGGCGGCUGCACUCUGGGACAGUUCUGCUCCCUCGAGGGCGCCUGUCUGACGGCCAACGUGCCGCUGAACGGUGCCUGCCUCUCGGGACAGAACGUACAGUGCGCCGCCGGUCUGGUGUGCACCAACCGCGUGUGCACCAGCCCGGUGACGGCCAUCAACCCGUCACCGACGGUCACUCUCACCACUCCGACUGUCACCGCGACCGUCCCGGCCCCCGCCCGAUCCUUUGGACGCAGCUGAGGAAGGGCUACACGGUGGCGGGAGUAAACGUCGGUGACAGGAGUGUGCCACCCAUCAGCAGUGCUUUGAAACUGAGCUAGGAUCACAGGACAGGCAAGCUAUGCAAUUGUGACUGCUGCAAUCAGCUACUGACAUGCCGAAGUUGACGAGUGAGCUGUUUUCCUUGAAACCUGUUUGUUUUUGCUACUGAUCGUGAUUCGUCCCUUUUGUUGUUUGUUCUUGUUGAUAUCCAUUGGGGCUUGGAGCGUUGUUAUUGCUAUUUGUUGAUCUUUUUCGGAUUUAUGUGUCGUAGACUGUGUUUGCAUGCAACAAAAUAU